AUGGAUCCCACUUUGGAGCUGGCAGAUGACCCCAGGUUCUCCCGCCCUGUGGUGGAGAUGCUGAUCAGGAAUUUCAGCGUGCCGGCAGCCUGCUUCUCCCUGCCGCCCACCUCCCGGCACCUGCUGCACCAGCUGGACAUGGCCCAGCUUAUGAUCCUGGGCCUCUGCACCAUCAUGACACUGCUGUCGGUUGUGAUCUACGUGGAAGAGGUUUUGUACCUCUUCCGCAAGAUCCGCUGCCCUAUCAAGAUGAAGACCCUCUGCUGGAGCAGCUCAGCCCCUACGGUUGUGUCGGUGGUCAGCUGCUUUGGCCUGUGGUUCCCGCGCUCCAUGAUGGUGGUGGAGAUGGCUACCACGGCGUACUUUGCUGUCUGCUUCUACCUGCUGAUGCUGGUCAUGGUGGAGGGCUUUGGGGGGAAGGAAGCGCUGCUCAGCACCCUGAAGGACGUGCCCAUGGUGGUCAGCACUGGGCCCUGCUGCUGCUGCUGCCCCUGCCUGCCCCGAAUCACCAUGAGCAGGAAAAAGCUCAAAUUGAUGAUCCUGGGGACUUUCCAGUACGCCUUCUUCAGGGCAGUUGCUGUCUUCCUGGGGCUGAUCCUGGCUGCCGAUGGGAAUUACAACCCUGCUGACAUUUCAGCAGAGAGCGUGGCCCUCUGGAUUAACACCUUGGUCGGUGUCUCCACCCUCUUUGGGCUGUGGGCCCUGGGCAUCCUCUUCCGGCAGGCCCGGCUGCACCUGGCUGAGCAGAACAUGCAGGCCAAGUUCACCUGUUUCCAGAUCCUGCUCCUCCUGACGGCGCUCCAGCCUGCCAUCUUCAGCAUCCUGGCCAACAACGGCAGCAUCGCCUGCUCGCCGCCCUUCUCCUCCAAGGCCAGGUCGCAGCAGAUGCACGUGCAGCUGUUGAUCCCGCAGACCUUCAUCCUGGCGGUGCUGACGCGGAUGUACUACCGCAAGCAGGAUGACAAGCCGGGCUACCAGCCCGUCGGCUUCGCAGCCGCAGGCACCGAUGUCAAGGCGUGAGCAGGAGGGAGAAACUGGGGUGCCAAGGGGCAGAGUGGGGUGAGGGACUGGUCUACCCUGCACAACCUUCUCCUCCUCCCCUGACCUUGGGGAGCUGCUGGCAGCAGAAGAGGCAGAAGGAGAAAGAGCACCUUGAAUGAAUGAAUGAAUGAAAAGGUCUGAAACCUGAAGGCCAUAAGCCAAGGAGCCACGUCCAGCCCAGAGGCUCUUGUCU